AAAUUUUUGCUUAAGAAUUAGUUUUAAAGUUAAAAGGAAAAGAGGAAGUUUUGUUUUUUCCUUUGAACAUAGCUGAAAAUUGAGGGUUUUCUUCAAUAAUUUGAGCACAUCGGGUUGUCUGUUACUAAAAAGGAAAAAGUCAGGUGAAAUCUGCAGCCCCAGGAAUCAUUCAGCAGUGGAAUCUGUGCGAUUCUACAAGAAGUGGUUUUGUGGGCUUCAACUUUUGAGGGUAAAACAAACACAAAUGCUCUGCCUCUGAGGCGAGGGGGCGGUGCCCCAGCGAAGCACCAAUCACAGCGCGCCCUACCCUAUAUAAAGCCCUGCAGGCCCCCCCCCCCCAGAAAUUACGCUUGAUGUUGGUCAGUUCAUCUUCAUCUUUUUGUUUGGUAUGCCAGAAACAUUGCCUACUGUUCCAACUGCUCCUGCUCCAAUCCCUAUGGGAAAACAACCCGCCAGAAGACGAGGCAAGAAGGGGGUUUGGGAGUCAAGUGAAAACCGGAAGGCACAGAACACCUCCUUGUCCAAAUUGAUCACCCAGGCCCUGUUUGAGUCACAAGACCAAAUAGGCAUGUCCCUUGCCGCACUUAAGAAAUCCCUGGCUGCCACCGGCUAUAACGUGAAGAAGAAUAACAGCCGCGUCAAACAGGCACUCAAGAAUUUAGUGAGCAAGGGAGUUCUGGUGCAAAUCCGAGGGACUGGUGCCUCUGGGUCCUUUAGGCUCAGCAAGAAAGCUGCUCCUGAAACCAAGGACAAGGUUAAAAGCCCUGCUUCUGCCAAGAACAAGAAGCUGGGCUUGCCUAGGGACUCCAGGACCCCAAAAAGCACCAAGACCAAGAGGAGGGCUAAGCAGUCAAGGGUUGCACACAGGGAAGCGUCAGGCAGCAGGAAGAAGACCCAAAAGUCCAAGAACCUACAGCAGCGUAAGACCCCGGCCAAGGCCAGAGUGGGGAAGGCUAAGGCUAGGUCAGCAAAGUCUACCCUGCAGAAAGGAAACUCCAGGAAGGCAGCGUCUAAGAAGUGAGCACCUUGAAGACCAGUUCACACAACCCAAAGGCUCUUUUAAGAGCCACCCAAAUAACUUUGAAAAUGACUUUAACACUGAAAAUUUGCCCAAGUUCUUGAGUGUUUAACCUAACAAUGCUAACAAAUUGAGGUCCGAUGAGGGGAAAUAACAUCUAAAUUUACAGAUAUAAAAAUACUGAAGUUCUGGGGUGAUACCCAUUCAGUAGGGUGUUUAUGCAUGCAAGAAAUUUCAGGGUAGGGAUUGUCAUUUAUAUUCAGUAUUUUUUCUAGCAAAGUGACUGGAAAUGGGAGUACAAGUUGUUCAGUAUCAAAAUGUUUUCCUUUUUUUUUUUUUAAGUACGGAUACAACUGAGCAUGGUGGUGCC